AUGAACUCGUAUGCGCGCUUUACUGUCAGCGACACAACCGGAAGCGCUCGAAAUGUAUCCGACCACUUUGAAAACACAGAUCAGGUCGACUGUCUCUGUCUGCUGUAUGGGCUCGGUCUAAAGGAGAAUACGCGCCAAGAUGGCGCGUGCACUGUGCCACCUGGUGGUAAAUUUGAGGAAGGACUUCGCGUAGUGAAGAUGCUGCCCAUCGACGCCAAGACGAGGGUUGGAUAUGCCGUCACUCUGUUGCGACGCAGUGUCUACAACUACUUUGCUUUCGCUAAGUAUUUCGAUACGGCUACGUCCACGGAACAAGCUACUUGGGUGAAUAUCGCCGACGCUGACUGGGAGUUGAUAAUUAAAAUGGGGGCAGUGACGAAUCAACUAGCGCAAUUUAGCCUUGGAGAAGUACAGAAAGAAGGCGUAUCCAGUUCUUACGUUCUUCUCUUUCGUAAAAUCCUGGCCAUCACGCUUGACAUGCAGCGUUUUCCUUGCCUCGUGCAGGAGAGACCUGAUCCGUUUGUCGCGAGUGCCCUGGAUGGGUUGUAUGGAAGCUAA